CCUGGUUAUAAUGAAAUGUGUUUGAUAGGGGCUCCUCUGGCUGUCAAUUCUUCAUGGAAAAAUCCUUCCGGUGAAUGGCACGUUGGUUAUAAGUUGGUGUAUGAACUAUUUACUGCCACAUUAACUGCACGUUUGAAGAAAGAAAGAAAAAAGAAGUGGGAUGAGAAAAACCAGGAAGAAAUUGCUGUGGCAGUAAAGCAUCUUGACGAAUUCAAUCAGAAACACUCCAGUCCGGAUGAUGCAAAUUUGAAGAAGGUUCGAGAAGACCUUCAGAACAGAAUUGAUAUUCUGCGAAAGCAAGCUGAUAGUUAUGAUGACAAGGGACCGGUCAUAGAUGCUGUUGUAUGGCAUGAUGGAGAAUUCUGGAGGGCUGCUCUUGACACACAAAGUCUUGAGGAUGACCCAGAAUGUGGAAAGCUUGCUAAUUUCAUACCUCUUACAAAUUAUAGGGCUGAAAGGAAAUUUGGUAUAUUCAGCAACUUGGAUGCAUGCUCAUUUGUACUUAAUAUAUAUGAUGAGGGAAAUGUCUUAAGUAUUGUAACUGAUAGCUCCCCCCACGGUACUCAUGUAGCUGCUAUUGCUACUGCCUUCCACCCAAAGGAGACGUUACUGAAUGGAGUUGCCCCCGGAGCACAGUUAAUAUCAUGCAAAAUUGGAGACUCACGUUUAGGUUCAAUGGAGACAGGCACUGGCUUGACGAGGGCCCUGAUUGGUGCUGUGGAGCAUAAAUGUGAUCUCAUCAAUAUGAGUUAUGGUGAACCCACGUUACUGCCAGAUUAUGGCCGCUUUGUUGACCUUGUUAAUGAAGUGGUAAAUAAGCACCGUCUCAUAUUUGUUAGCAGUGCUGGUAAUAGUGGUCCAGCACUAAACACUGUUGGUGCACCUGGCGGUACAUCUUCCAGCAUUAUAGGAGUCGGUGCAUAUGUCUCUCCAGCAAUGGCUGCUGGUGCUCAUUGUGUGGUUGAACCUCCUUCUGAGGGACUUGAAUAUACUUGGUCCAGCAGAGGACCGACAGCUGAUGGAGAUCUUGGAGUCUCUGUAAGUGCUCCUGGUGGGGCUGUUGCCCCAGUCCCUACAUGGACUCUACAAAAACGUAUGCUUAUGAAUGGAACAUCUAUGGCUUCUCCAUGUGCUUGUGGUGGAAUUGCAUUACUCCUUAGUGCAAUGAAGGCAGAGGGCAUUCCUGUAAGCCCAUACAGUGUAAGGAAGGCCCUUGAGAAUACAUCUAUUCCAGUUGGUGAAUCGCUGGCAGAUAAACUAUCCACAGGACAAGGGCUCAUGCAAGUUGACAAGGCUCAUGAAUAUAUACGACAAUCCAAGAAUAUUCCGAGUGUUUGGUAUGAAGUAAAGAUCAAUCGAACUGGAAAAUCAAUGCCUACUUCUCGAGGCAUCUACUUGAGGGAGGCUAGCGUUUGCCAACAACCUACAGAGUGGACAGUGCUAGUUGAACCUAAGUUUCAUGAAGGUGCAAGUAAUUUGGAGGAAUUGGUUCCCUUUGAGGAGUGCAUUGAGUUACAUUCUACUGAAAAGGCUGUUGUGAUGACUCCUGAGUACCUCCUCCUUACUCAUAAUGGGCGUAGCUUCAAUAUUGUGGUAGAUCCAACAAAGCUGAGUGAUGGUUUACAUUAUUAUGAAGUCUAUGGAGUUGAUUGCAAAGCACCAUGGCGUGGUCCCAUUUUCAGGAUUCCAGUUACAAUUACAAAACCUAUGAUAGUAAAGACUCGGCCUCCGCUUGUUUCCUUUACAAGGAUGUCGUUUCUGCCAGGCCAUAUAGAAAGGAGAUAUGUUGAAGUGCCACUUGGUGCUAGUUGGGUUGAGGCAACCAUGCGAACAUCAGGGUUUGAUACUGCUCGAAGAUUUUUUAUUGAUACUGUUCAGAUCUGCCCCUUACAAAGACCUAUCAAGUGGGAGAGUGUUGUGACAUUUUCUUCCCCUUAUGCCAAAAGCUUUGCAUUUCCUGUGGUGGGUGGUCAGACAAUGGAGUUAACUGUUGCUCAGUUUUGGUCAAGUGGCAUAGGAAGUCAUGAAACUGCUAUCAUUGACUUUGAGAUUGUGUUUCAUGGGAUUGACAUCAAUAAAGAGGAUAUCAUGCUUGAUGGAAGUGAAGCACCUGUCAGAAUUGAUGCUGAAGCUGUACUGGCAUCUGAGAAACUUGUCCCUGCUGCUAUUUUGAGUGAGAUAAGAGUUCCAUAUCGACCUGUUGAUGCUAAACUUAGCACUCUCACGACAGAUCGUGACAAACUGCCCUCCGGAAAACAGACACUAGCACUGACAUUAACUUACAAGUUCAAAUUGGAGGAUGCAGCCAACAUAAAGCCCCAAAUUCCAUUGCUUAAUAAUCGCAUUUAUGACACUAAAUUUGAGUCGCAAUUUUAUGUGAUCUCUGACGCUAACAAGCGUGUGUAUGCAAUUGGUGACGCCUAUCCAGAGUCAUCAAAACUUCCCAAAGGUGAAUACAAUUUACAGCUAUACUUAAGGCAUGACAAUGUGCAAUAUUUGGAAAAAAUGAAGCAGUUGGUAUUGUUUAUUGUGAGAAAGUUGGAUGACAAGGAUGUCAUUCGAUUGAACUUUUUCUCCGAACCAGACGGACCUGUCAUGGGAAAUGGUGCUUUUAAAUCCACAGUUUUAGUUCCAGGAAAGAAAGAAGCAAUCUACUUGGGCCCACCAGUGAAAGACAAGCUUCCAAAGAAUGCUCCGCAAGGAUCUCUACUGCUUGGGGCGAUCUCAUAUGGAAAGCUAUCAUUUGUUGGUCUGGGAGAAGGGAAAAAUCCAAAGAAGAAUCCUAUAUCUUAUCAAGUCUCUUAUAUAGUGCCUCCGAAUAAGGUUGAUGAGGACAAGGGAAAAGGGUCAUCUUCAACCUCCUCUAAAACUGUUUCUGAACGUUUGGAAGAAGAGGUUCGAGAUGCUAAGAUUAAAGUUUUUGCCAGCCUAAAACAAGACCUGGAUGAAGAAUGCUCAGAAUGGAAAAAGUUGUCCAUCUCUCUUAAGGCUGAAUACCCAAAUUAUACUCCGCUGCUUGCUAAGAUUUUAGAAGGCUUGGUUUCUAAGAGCAAUGUUGAGGACAAAAUUGCUCAUGGUGAAGAUAUUAUAGGUGCAGCAAAUGAGGUAAUUGAUAGUAUUGACACUGAGGAGUUGGCAAAAUUUUUUUCCCUCAAGAGUGAUCCAGAAGAUGAGGAGGCAGAGAAGAUAAAAAAGAAGAUGGAGAUGACCCGGGAUCAAUUAGCAGAGGCCCUAUACCAAAAAGGGCUAGCAAUUUCAGACAUCGAGUCUCUGGAGGAUCUGACAUGGAUAUAUGUCGACGUGUCUGAUUCAUCCAAAAGUGAAAACAUAGGAUACAUGGAAACCAAUUCAAAGGUGAGAGAGAAAGCUGAACCGGUAGCUGCACCAGAAGGCACGAAAGGUGGAAAAUAUGCACCUGGUGGCCAGCAAGAUCUGUUUGAGGAGAAUUUCAAAGAAUUACGAAAAUGGGUUGAUGUGAAGUCCUCUAAAUACGGCACCCUCUUAGUGAUACGUGAACGGCGAUGUGGAAGGCUUGGAACAGCUCUGAAGGUGUUGAAUGACAUGAUUCAAGAUGAUGCUGAUCCUCCAAAGAAGAAGUUUUACGAACUGAAGCUCUCACUGCUUGAUGAGAUCGGAUGGAGCCACUUGGCAACAUAUGAGAGACAAUGGAUGCAUGUGCGUUUCCCUCCAAGUUUGCCUCUUUUUUAAAUAACUCGCUGUUGCGUCCAAGCCCAUUUCAAUACUUUGGUCACUGUUAAGGACAUCUUCAUUAAUAAAAUAAUUUCAGUUUUCUUCAACUCAUUUUUCUCCUCAUUGAUCUUUCUGUUGAUACUUGUUAAGUAUUGUUAUUUACUUAAUGGAUUCAUAUAUUUGUGUAGCCAUUCGGAAUU